AACUGCAUCUCUGCAUGAAUGCCACUUGUGAUCGUCAGAACUCAAUUGAUUACCAAUUGUUCUUCAUUCAUAUUCCAUAUCCAAAUGUCAAGCUGUUAUGCAUACACGUCAUUAACUCUUGCUGCAAAUUUGCAACGUGGAUCUAGCUUUCUUCUUCAACUUUCUAAACUCAGCUUCACCUGAUGUCACUUCUUGCACCACCAUAUCACGGCCGGAGUCAGUCACCACCACGCGCCACUCUCUCGAUCUCUUUCUCCAUCAUGGCUAUAUCUUCCCUUCUGUUCAAACCUCAUGUUCCUCUUAAAUUUUCCAGUACCAAGCCAUCUCUCAACAUCAAAAACAACACACCCUCGUCAAGUUCUCUCACUCUGUACAAUUCCUUAACACCUGACCGAUUCCAUAUAGCUAAGUCUAAAACUCACAAACUUUCUUGGCAGAAAGAGCUUAAGCAUGCAUUUCAAGAACCACUCAACAACCAAAACUUGAUCAAGACAAACAACAAUGACAUUGAUUUUAUUGAUGAUUAUGAUGACGAGUCCUUUCAAAAACUGGUUGACAGGAGAUGUGUGGACAAUGUAAGAAUGCUGAUAGUGGAUGCAGUGCAAACUGCUAAGGCGGGUCACCCUGGCAUGGCUUUAGGGAUGGCAGAAGUUGGGUAUUAUUUAUAUAGACAUGUUAUGAAAUACAACCCUUUUAAUCCAACGUGGUUUAAUAGGGAUAGAUUUGUUUUAAGUGCUGGUCAUGGUUGUUUGCUUCAAUAUGUUUGCCUUCAUCUUGCUGGAUUUGAGUCUGUCCAGCUAGAAGACCUAAAGUGCUUGUGUAAGCUUGGGAGUAGAACCCCAGGUCACCCAGAGAACACGGUUACAGAUGGCAUUGAAGUCCCAACAGGCCCUCUUGGACAAGGUGUAGCAAAUGCAGUUGGCCUCGCAUUAGCAGAAGCUCAUUUGGCAGCAAGAUUCAAUAAGCCUGAUUGUGUUAUUGUUGACCACCGGACGUAUUGUAUUAUGGGUGAUGGGUGUGCCAUGGAGGGAAUAGCACAUGAAGCUGCAUCGUUGGCAGCACAUUGGAAGCUCCACAAGCUUACACUAAUUUAUGAUGAUAACCAAAACACCAUUGAUGGACCAACUUCCCUAGCAUUUUCUGAAGAUAUAUCUGCAAGGUUCAGCGCUCUUGGUUGGGAUACAAUUACAGUAGAUAACAUACAUGAAGAUAUGGAUUCAUUCAAGAAUGCUCUUCUAUCUGCUGUUAAUGAGACUAACAAACCAACUUUCAUUCGGGUGAAGACUUUGAUAGGGAGAUUGUCCAAAAAGGAAGGGACGUCUAAAGCUCACCAUGGUACCUUCGAUGAAGAUGAUACCAAAGAAAUGAAACAGAAAGUUAAAUGGAAUAAUCAAGAUCCAUUCCAUGUGAUCCCAAUGGUUUACAGCGAAAUGCAGACUCAAACAUGCCAUAGUGAAAAACUGGAGAUGGAGUGGUUAUCUAACAUACGCUAUUAUAAAAGCAAGUACCCUCAAGAGGCUGCAGAGUUUGAAGUUCUUCUCCAUGGCGGUCUACCUUCCAAAUGGGAAAGCUGCUUGCCAAAGUGGUCUGUAUCAGAUCCAGUGGAUGCUACUCGAGGAUACUCGGAGAAGUGCUUGAACCGGCUAGCCAAGGUGGUUCCAGGACUGAUUGGUGGGAGUGCUGACCUCGCUUCCUCUAACAAAGUCUAUCUUCAUGACUACCAAGACUUCGCCCCACCUCACUCCGCAUGGGGCCGCAACAUACGCUACGGAAUUCGCGAACAUGCAAUGGCAGGAAUUUCAAAUGGGAUCGCACUACAUGGGAGUGGUUUAAUCCCGUUUGCAGCAACAUUCUUGAUAUUCUCUGAUUACAUGAAAAAUUCAAUCCGACUUUCUGGCUUGGGCCAUGCUGGAGUAAUCUACAUUAUGACUCAUGAUUCUAUUGGUCUUGGGGAAGAUGGCCCAACUCACCAGCCAGUUGAACAGCUUGCUGGACUUAGAGCAGUGCCAGGGCUUCUAGUUUUCAGACCAGGAGAUGGCAACGAAACUGCUGGCGCAUACAAAGUGGCUAUUGCUAACAGAGAUGUGCCUAGUGUCAUUGCACUGUCAAGGCAAAAAGUAGCAGCCAACUUGGAAGGAACAUCAACAAAUGAAGUUGAAAGAGGGGGAUACAUCAUAAGCGACAAUUCGGGUAAAAGUUUGCCAGACAUUAUAUUAAUGGGCACAGGAUCUGAGCUAUGUCUCUGUGAAGGGAGUGCUAAGAUUCUAAGGAAUGAAGGUAGGAAGGUAAGGGUGGUUUCACUUGUUUGUUGGCGACUUUUUGACAAGCAGCCGCCAGAGUAUAAGGAGCAUGUAUUGCCAUCAAGUGUUACUAAGCGUGUUAGUGUUGAGGCCGGAUCUCCUCUUGGUUGGAGGGAGUAUGUAGGAGGGGUAGGUGUGGUGAUUGGGGUUGAGGAGUUCGGGGCUAGUGGAGCAUAUUUGGAUACCUUUAAGAAGUUUGGUUUCACUGAAGAGAAUGUUACUAAGGUUGCCAAGUCAUUGCUUGAUCAUUAGGAGAGGUCCUUCUGUGAAUAAGAUACACCAUGACAACUCCUGUUGGUCAAAGUUGAACUUAAUUGAUGUAUGCUACGCAAAUAUAAAGGUAUAGUUCUUAAGCAUAUAACACAAGUUAGAAAAAGAACAAAAACUAUAAUACCGGAUAUUAACUCCCGCUGCUACAAAACAUUUUGUUCUAAAGGGGAGUAGUCCUUUCCUCCAUCCUUGACUGCAAUUUAUCCUGUAAGAGGACUAGCCUUGCAUAUCUUUUCAAUGACAACAAGUGCCUUGACAGGAGCCAAAUCAACUGUCAAUUCCAUCUCAUGUACGAGAGCCCAAAUCAGUCGAUUACUUAAUUCUUCUGCAUAUUAUAUAAAAUGUCUCUGCAGUGAAAACAGAUUUCAAGCCUCGAGGGAUUGCAUUGAAGAUAUGAAGUUGCAAGAAAUGCCUAAUCUUAGAAAGGUUUGAUUAUAUCCUAGACAAACCUCAUGCACUUCAAGGUACCUUCAAGGUACCUUCAAGGUACCUUUGUAGAUUGGUGGAACUACUUUACACCUAUAUUAUAAUAAAUGUUAAACAUUAUGUUUAAGUCA